GCCAGGCGCCGGCGGCGGCCCUCCCGCGCCCGGCGCCGGGGCUGCGGCCAGAGGCGCGCGCCGCGCGCUGUCCAUCGACCCCGACGACGUGGCCGCGGGCGCGUUCAAGGUGAAGAAGUCGAAGCUGAGCCGGCAGAUGUCCAGAGGCCUGCACAGCGCCGCCGCUGCUGGUGGCCCAGCGCGGAGCCGCAGCGGGCUCGCAGACGAGGACUUGGUCGGAGGCGUGGUCUCCAGCGAGGAGGAGCGGCCCGCCGCGGAGCAGGCGCCGGAGGGCGAGACGGUGGCCGGCGAGGAGGCCGAGCAGAUGGCCGCCGCCCUGGAGGCCGCGGAGGAGGGGGAGCCGACCCUGUACUCGGCCGCCUCGGCCAGGCUGGCAAGAUCACGUCGCCAGGCAGCACGCGGGGUGCUCAGAUGCCGGGGGCGCGCCGCGCGGGAGCGAGGAGCCGGUGA